AUGGCGGCGCUGUCGCUGCGGAUCAGCCUCGAAGGGGGCCGGGUGACGAAGACGAUCCAGUUCGACCCGAACACGAGCGUGUUCGAUGCGUGCCGCAUCAUUAAGGAGAAGUUCGCCGAGGCGGUGCAGGGCCAGGCGCAGGAGUUUGGCCUGUUCCUAGCGGACGAUGACACGCGGCAGGGCGUGUGGCUGGAGCCGGCCCGCAACCUGGGCUACUACAUGCUGCACAACCUGGACGUGCUCGAGUACCGGCAGAAGCACCGGACGCUGCGGGUCCGCAUGCUGGACGGUGCGGUCAAGACGAUCCUGGUCGACGACUCGCAGCCGGUCUCGCAGCUGAUGGUGGUGAUCUGCACGAAGAUCGGCAUCACCAACCACGAGGAGUACGGGCUGGUGCGCGAGGACACGGAGUCGCAGAACGAGAACCAGCCGGACAAUCGGUCAGCGAACAGCACGACGACCGGUACGCUCACGCUGCGCCGCACCAAGACCCAGGAGCGGGAGCGCGACACGAAGAUGGAGAGCCUGCGGAAGAAGCUGCGGACGGACGACGAGAUCAAUUGGGUCGACGUGGGCAAAACAUUGCGCGAGCAGGGCAUCGACGAACAGGAAACGGUGCUGCUGCGGCGCAAGUUCUUCUACUCGGACCAGAACAUUGACUCGCGCGAUCCGGUCCAGCUGAACCUGCUGUACGUGCAGGCGCGCGACGCCAUCCUGGACGGGACGCACCCGGUUACGCAGGAGAAGGCGUGCGAGUUUGCCGGCAUCCAGGUGCAGAUCCAGUUCGGGGACCACAACGAGGCCAAGCACAAGGCCGGCUUCCUGGAUUUGCGUGAGUUUCUGCCUUCGUCGUACGUGCGCACGAAGAACAUCGAACGGAAGGUGUUUGCCGAGCACCGGAAGCACAUCGGUCUGUCCGAUCUGGACGCCAAGUAUCGAUACACGAAGACGGCCCGCGAACUGCCCACUUACGGCGUGACGUUUUUCCUCGUCAAGGAGAAGAUGAUGGGCAAGAACAAGCUGGUGCCGCGGCUGCUGGGCGUCACCAAGGACUCGGUGCUGCGGUUGGACGAGCUGACGAAGGAGAUCCUCAAGUCGUGGCCCCUGACGACCGUGCGGCGGUGGGGCGCGUCGCCCAACACGUUCACGCUCGACUUUGGCGAUUACGCCGACUCGUACUACUCGGUGCAGACGACGGAAGCGGAGCAGAUCGUGCAGCUGAUUGCCGGGUACAUCGACAUCAUACUGAAGAAGAAGCAGGCGAAGGACCACUUUGGCAUCGAGGGUGACGAGGGCUCGACCAUGGUGGAGGAAAGCGUGGCCCCAUCGAAGGCCACGUUCCUGCAGCACGAGGAAACGAACAAAUCCGGCAAGGUGGAAACCCAUUCGAUCGCCAAACCAGCCGUCAUGCGCGGUAGCGACGGUGAGCGACCGUACGGUACGGGCGAGAUGCAAUCGGUACAGUACGGUGCCAUCGUCGGCCAGGUCAAUCUGGCCCAUCAACCACCAAUGUUACAGCAAACUCGGAUCAGUUCGGUGCUGUCCGAGCCGCAACGUGCCCUGCUCGGUUACAUCUCGGCCGGUCAGGAUGCGAUCAACCAGGCCGAGAAGGAUCUGGAAACGAAGGUUCAGCUACCACCGCUCGGCACCGAUCCGGGGUCACUGCAGUGGCGCGAAGAAACGCUCGACACCUCGAAGCAGACCGUCACGACGCACCUGGCCACGAUGAAUGCGGCCACGGCCCAGGUCGUGACGGCUUCGCAGCCGGACGAGAUCGACCACGAGGCGGUCGGGGCGGCCGUGUCGCAGAUCACCCAAAGCAUUCCGGAGGUCACGAAGGAGGUACGGCUCAUCGCUGCGCUCAUGGAUGACGAUUGCACCGGCGACAAGCUGCUCGAGGCGACGCGCAAACUGUGCAACGCGUUCAGCGAUCUGCUGAAGUCGGCCGAACCGGAAAGCAAGGAACCGCGCCAGAGUCUGCUGAAUGCGGCGACGCGCGUCGGCGAAGCGAGCGGCCAGGUGCUGAGCACGAUCGGUGAGGAGAGCGUCGAGAGCCGGGAACUGCACGACAUGCUGCUCGGGUUGGCCAAAGCGGUCGCCAACACUACCGCGGCGCUCGUGCUGAAGGCCAAAUCGAUCGCCGCCGUCACGGAGGACGAAGCGACGCGCAACAAAGUGAUUGGAGCCGCAAGUCAGUGUGCACUGGCCACCAGUCAGCUGGUCGCGUGUGCUCGUGUCGUGGCACCGACCAUCCAGAGUGCCGCCUGCCGGGAGCAGCUCGAAGCCGCGGCCCGGGAAGUCGCGAAAGCGGUCGCUCACCUGGCGGAGGUGUGCAACGAAGCGACGGACAACCAGCAACUGCGCGGUGACCUGACGGCGGCGGCGAAGGAUGUGUCCAGCUCGCUGGCGGAUCUGCUCGAGCACAUCAAGCUGAGCGCCCGGGAACGGGCUCGGCGCGGGGUGGAAACCGAGAACCCGGUCGAUAAUGUGCUCGUCGCGACGGACAUUCUCGUGUCGUCGACCGACCCGCAGGAGAUGAUCCGUCAGGCGCAACAGCUUGGCCGUGCGACGGCCCUGCUCAUCCAGAGCAUUAAGGGUGAGGCCGAGGGUCAGCACGAUUCGAGCAUGCAGCGGAAGCUGCUCGAAGCGGCCAAACAGCUGGCCGACGCCACGGCUCGGAUGGUGGAAGCGGCACGACUGUGUGCCGGCAAUCCGCACGAUUCCGGCCACCAAGAGUCCCUGCGGGCGGCCGCGGAAGAGCUGCGCGUCAUUACGACGACGCGGGCCAACACGCCGGCCAUCAAGCGACAGCUGAUUGGGCGGUUGGAGCAGUGCGCGAAGCAGGCGGCAUCGGCCGCCACGCAGUGCAUUACGGCGGCCCAGAACUCGCUCGUCCACAGCACGGACGUGCCGGCCAAGGAGCUGCUCCUGCAGGACUGCCAGGCGGUCGCCGAUCAGAUCCCGCGGCUGGUGGCGGGUGUCAAGAGUACGCUGGCGCGGCCGGACGACCCGAACGCGCAGCUGGCGCUGAUCGAUGCGUCGGAAAUGUUCCUCGAACCGGGCGCCCAGAUGGCCGGAUCGGCCCGCGAACUGCAGCCGACGGUGCAGGAGCAGGCGGCCGCCGCGCAGCUCGGUCGCUGUUCGGUCAACCUGACGCACGCCAUCCACGACCUGCGGCUGGCGGCGCACCGGGCACGCGAAGCUUGCGGUGGCUCGGAACUGGAUGCCGCCCUGGCCGCCGUUCACAAUCUGCGCAGUGUGCUGAACGAUACGCGGGUUGCGGCCCAGGAAGGUAGCCUGCGGCCACUGCCGGGUGAGACGGCCGAAGGAUGCUUCAAGCAGCUGUCGGCGGCCUGUUCGGCGGCCGAUUCGUCGAUGUGGCAACUGGCAACGGCCGCCCAGCACGGCAACCGUACGUACGCUGGGGUGGCCGGUCGCGAUAUGGCCCUCGCACUCGGCGAGUACACCAAGAGCGUCCGGGGGGUGCUGGUGACGACCAAGAACCCGGCCGUCGUCGAUUACGCCGACGAGGUGAUCCUCGGGGCGAUGCGCGUCAUCGAGGAAGCCCAGCGCACGCUGCAGAACCUGGACAAUCAGGAAGCGCUGCUGUUGGCGGUCAAGCGCACCAAACACUCGAUCGGCCGCAUGACCGAGUGUAUGCCGGGUGUGCCCGAGAUCAGCGAGGCGUUCGAAACGAUCACCGAUCUGCGGGCCGUGCUGGAUGCGGGCGAAUAUCCGCCGUCUGAUCGCCCGUACGGUACGCUCCAGAGCGAACUGAAGUCGGCCGCAGAGCAGCUGAACAAUGCCGGUGGCCAGGUGGCCCACUCGUACGAGUCGUCCAUCAAGCUGGCCAACAGCAGCCAGGAGUUUUGUCACGCGUACAAGGAACUGCUCACGGUGACGCUCGAGAUGGCGGGGCAAACGGUGGAGGAGCGCGCCCGGGAAGACAUCGUCGCGUCGCUGCGGGGCGUCUCGAACCAAUCGGCCAGUCUGCUGGCGGCCGCCAAACAUGUGGCCGGUGAUCCGGCCCGACCGAACGCACGCCACGAGCUCGCGUCGGCCGCCCGGCUCGUCACCGAAAGCAUCAACCGGUUGGUGGACGUGUGCACGCAGGCGGCCCCCGGUCAGAAGGAGUGCGACGGUGCGAUCCGGUGCAUCGAAUCACUGCGCCCGCUGCUCGAAUCGGCCCAGGAAUCGCUCACCGACCAAGGGUACUUCGAUUGCCUCGAGACGGUCAUGGAAAAGUCGCGCACACUCGGCGACGGCAUGACGGGGAUCGCGAACAAUGCGAAAAACUCGAAACCGGUCGAGUUUGGCCACUCGGUCGUGUCGGUGUCGGAAUCGAUCCGCGGCCUGAUCGAAUCGGCUGCCCAGGCUGCCUAUCUGGUGGGGGUUUCGAACCCCACCAGCGUCGGCGGAAGGCCCGGGAUCGUCGAUCAGUCGCAGUACGCACGGGCCGCACAAGCGAUCCGUCAGAGUUGCGACGUGCUGCGUACGCCAUCGUCCUCCCAGCAGGAGGUCCUGUCGGCGGCCACCGUCAUUGCGAAGCACACGUCCGCCCUCUGCAAUGCGUGUCGCAAUGCGAGCUCCACCACCACCAAUCCGGUCGCGAAGCGUCACUUUGUGCAGGCCGCGAAAGAAGUGGCCAACUCGACGGCUGCGCUGGUGCGUGAAAUUAAGACGCUCGACAAGGACUACAGUCCGGCGUCGAGGCAACGGUGUGCCGCGGCCACCGAACCACUGCUGGAGGCCGUCACGUCACUCUGUCAGUUUGCCUCGUCACCCGAGUUCAUUUCGAUUCCGGCACGCAUCUCCGGCGAGGGCCGAAAAGCACAGGAACCGAUCCUCGCCGCUGGCAGUGGCAUCCUGGAUGGGGCCGUGGACAUGGUACGCACGGCCAAGGUGCUCGCGCUGACCCCGACGGAUCCACCGGUCUGGCAGCAGCUGGCCACGCACAGUCGGAACGUGUCGGAGAGCAUCAAGAAGCUGGCGUCCAGCAUCCGCGAGAAGGCGCCCGGGCAGAUGCAGUGCGAUCAGGUGCUGGAGGUGCUGAAGGACUGCUCGCGCGAGCUGAACUCGGCCGCCCUGGCCGUCGGUGUCGAUGGGUUGCCCCAGCGCAAGGACAGUAACCUGCAGGGCUUCACCAACCAGUCGCUGAACGCUGCCUCGGAGCUGAUCGAUCGGCUCGAGCCGGUCAAGUCGUCGGCGAAGAAGAACGCCGAAAGCCUCGGUCACGCGGUCAACCAGAUCGCCAAACACAUCGUGCCGCUGACGGGUGGCGUAAUCGGGGCCUGUUCGCAGCUCGUACACUCGGGCCAGCAAACGGUGCUGAUCAAUCAGGUCAAAUCCGUCGUCGAGUGCUGCGCGCAGCUGGUGCAGACGGCCAAGAGUGCCGGCGGCAAUCCACGGGCCGCCCAAUUGCACCCGGAACUGGACGAAGCGGUGGAGGCGACGCGCGAAGCGAUCCAGGAACUGAACGCUACCGUCGAGCGUCUGUCGACCGAGAACGGAGUCGUCACGGGGCUGAUGGAGCAAGUGUCCCGCUCGAUGUCGCGCAUCUCCGACAAGCGCCAAUCGUUCCUGGGAGCGUCGCUCAACGACACGUACGUCGACUAUCAGACGCGGAUGGUGCAGAGUGCGAAGGAGAUUGCUCGGUACGCGAACGAAAUCAACGCCAAGGCGGCGAUCGAUCCGUCCAAGCUGGCCCAGCUGUGCGUGGAAAUGACGCACCACUACACGCAGCUGGCACAGGAUGCGAUCGGGGCGUCCGCUCUGACCACCUCGCCCGAUGUGGCGAUCCGCAUCCGCACGACGGUCCAGGAUCUGGGCCGCUCGGUGAACGUGCUGAUCCAAUCGACGACCGGUAUCCGGAAGGACGACAGCAGCGGACUGGUGGAGAUAUCGCGCGGUGCUCGCGACGUAUCGGAGAAGGUGGCCCAAGUGCUGGCCGCCCUGCAGGCGGGUUCGCGGGGAACGCAGGCGUGCAUUAACGCGUCGAGCACGGUUUCGGCGAUCAUCAGCGAUCUCGACACGACGAUCAUGUUCGCGACGGCCGGCACACUGCACUCGGCCGACGAGGAGGGCCGCUUCUCGGACCAUCGCGAGCACAUCCUGAAGACGGCCAAGGCGCUCGUCGAGGACACCAAGAUACUGGUGGCGGGUGCCGCCGGCACCCAGGAUCAACUGGCGGCGGCCGCACAGAACGCAGUGACCACGAUCUUGCAACUGGCCGAUGCGGUGAAACACGGGGCCGCGUCGCUCGGUUCCGGCCAGCCCGACUCGCAAGUGAUGGUGAUGAACGCGGUGAAAGAUGUGGCCGCUGCACUCGGUGAGCUUAUAAACGCUACUAAACUCGCCUCCGGCAAGCCCAUUAACGAUCCAGCUAUGAAUGAUUUGAAAGAUAGCGCUAAGGUCAUGGUGAUGAAUGUCACCUCGUUGCUUAAAACCGUGAAGGCGGUCGAAGAUGAACACACGCGCGGCACGCGCGCCAUGGAAGCGACGGUGGACGCCAUCUCGCAGGAGCUGCGCGCGAUGCAGUUCGCGCCGGAGAUGCUGCGCUCGAGCAUGCAGCAGCUGUCGAAGCCGGAGGAUCUGAUCAGCGUCACCAAGCACGUGACGGCGGCCACGGCCAAAGCGGUGGCGGCCGGCACGUCCAACCUGCAGGCGGACAUUGCGGCGGCCGCCAACCUGGGGCGCAAAACCAUCUCCGAUAUGCUGAUCGUGUGCCGAUCGGUCGCGUGGUCGUGUGCGGAAACGCAGGAACUGCGCCAGCGUACGCUCGACGCCGGGUCGGCCGUGGCCAUCGCGUACCGCGAUCUGCUGGAAGGCAUCCUGAACCACUGUACGGCCGACGAGCGGAUGCAUCUGUCGCGGCGCGUGGCCAUGUGCGUGACCGAUCUGGUCGGUAUGGCGCAGCUGCUGAAGGGCUCCGACUGGGUCGAUCCGGACGAUCCGACGGUGAUCGCGGAGAACGAGCUGCUGGGAGCGGCCGCAUCGAUCGAGGCCGCUGCCAAGAAGUUGGCCAACCUGCGCCCGCGCCGGCACGAAGUGAAGGAAGCGGAUGAAAAUCUAAACUUCGACGAGAUGAUUCUCGAAGCGGCCCGCAGCAUUAUGGCGGCCUCGUCCUCGUUGGUGCGUGCCGCAAACGCGGCCCAGCGCGAGCUGAUCGAUCAGGGGAAGGUGGCGAAACGGCCACUCACCUCGUCGGACGAUGGCCAGUGGUCGGAGGGUCUGAUUUCGGCCGCCCGGCUGGUCGCAGCCGCCACGCACAGUCUCGUCGAGGCGGCCCAGAACCUGGUGCAGGGCGUUGGCACCGAGGAGAUGCUCAUCUCGUCCGCCAAACAGGUGGCCAGCUCGACGGCCCAGCUGCUGAUCGCGUGCAAGGUCAAAUCGGAUCCGAACUCGGAAACGGGCCGGCGCCUGCAGGCGGCCGGCAACGCGGUCAUCAAGUCCACCGACAAACUGGUGCAGGCCGCCCAGCAGGCGAUCGAGGGCGAGGAGGAGCACACGCUCCGGUUGAACCGCAACAUGGUGGACGGGAUGGCGCAGGAGAUUAACGCCCGGUCCGAGAUUCUGAUGCGCGAGCGGCAGCUGGAGGAAGCGAAGAACAAGCUGAUCGCCAUCCGGCACCUCAAGUAUCGCCAGAAGCUGACCGGCGGCGGGUUUACGACGGACGAAAGUGACGAAGGGGGCCCCGCGCCACCACCGUUCACGGGGUACGCCAUGUCGACGUCACCGAAGCCACCGCACACGCUACCGAAACCGGGCACCUACUCGCCAUCGAUGGUCGGAGGAGGAGGCGCACCGGCGGCGGCAAGCACGUUGCCCCGUCAACCGCCAACCAGUGGCGGGUCCCCAACGAGCCCUGCCUUUCAUCGGCCCGGUUCCGCGGGCGGCGGCGGCGGCGGGAACCAGCUGCUGACGGCAAAUGCCGUCCCAAAACCCUACCAAUCGGACACAAUCAAAUCGCCGUCGGCCCUGGUGUCACCGUCGAUGCUGAACCGCACGUACGACAUGACGCGGGUCGAAAACUCGAACCUGAGUGCGUCCAAGUUCAACCGCACCCAGUUCGAUGCCGCCGUCCAGGAUCUGCAGCACAAGGUGCAACCGCUCAGCACGUUCCGCUCGUCACCGCCGACGCAUCAAACGAACGGUGGCCCGACGAUGAUGGUGCCCCAAACGUACGAAGGAUUCACAACCAGAUACGAAACCCGUGUCUUCCCGAAUGCCAUUACUAAUAGCCCGCAACAACAACCCGCCAAUCCGCUAACCACUGUGGAGCAGAAGUUUGCCAAACUAAACCUAGAAAACCACGACCUGCAGCAGCAGCAACGGUAUCAGCAGCAGCAGCAGCAGCAGCAAUCGCAAGCCCGCACCUUCCAUAACACUGGCCUUAGUCCGGGAACUACUGCUGCAGCACCUACUAGCCCGAUUAAUCCUGCCGCUGCUUCCGCCGCUGCCAGCUCACCGCUACACCAUCAGCAGUUCCAUCAACAGCAGCAACAGCAGCAUCAUCAGUCGCAACAGCAACACUUUCUUCGCACACCACCGAGCACCACCACCGGCUCGGUUCCGUCGUCCUCCGUACAGAUUAAAAAUGGUACCGUUAGUCUCUUUGACAGUGGCGCCACCGAUGCGCUAAACACCGUCAGCAGCAGCAGUGCCACGCACGCCACCAGCAGCAGCCAGGCGAUGAUGCAACAGCAGAUUGUGCAGACCAAAAAGAUCCAAAUGACCACCACCUCGUCGUCGUCGUCAUCCUCGACGGUGAUGAAGUCCGCGGGCACCGGUGGCGGAACGGAGUGGAAGUAGAGAAGCGGUGGCUUCCACCGUGGCCGCUUUCGUAGCGCGCAGGGCGCGCGCGUGUGUGAAUUUUCGCCAACUAAUUAUUAGCCGAUCAACCAUAAAACCAACAAAAACACUAACGUGUCUUACUCUAUAUACUACUUCGAAUUCGAAUGCGACGAUUCUUGUUGUUGAGUUUGUAUUUGUUACUGAGUAGAGAGUGUGUGUGUGUGUGUGUGUAAACUGUAGUUGUGUAUACCGUUUUAAUCCCCGAUUGUUCCCGCGGGAGCCGCGGGAGCCCCUUUCGGAUACAAGUGUUACAAGUGCCUAAAAGCAACGGAAACGGAAUAUUGCAGAGGAUUCAGAGCCCCCCUCACGCGCUAGCUUGUACUAAAAAUGCCCAAAAACACGAUGGUGCCGAAAUCGGCAAAAAACGGAAAACAAUAUUUUAUAGUGACGAAUCGGCGCGCAGAUUGUUAUUAAUUUUUACAAACUCACAACCAACUCUUUAUAAAACCCACAAAGUGCCAGGUUUGUUGAAAAUGAAGCUCUCAACUCACAGCAGGCUACUGCGAUGGGGACAGAGGGAGAGAGAGAUGCUUUUUUGGCUGAGCAAAGUGCAAUUUAAGGUUAUAUAUGCCAAAAAAAAAAGAAAACCGUUCAAAAAUCCUCACGGAACGCACCGGAAAUGGUGCGAGGCGCCGCCCUUCUUACCGGGGCCUUCAGUUCAGCUUAGCUCACGGCGGCCUUUCAGCUCCCUUUUAGUGCGUGUUUUAUAAAACGAAAUAGCUACAGCCGCGCAGGUAUUUGUAUCCGUUUGUUUUAUGGUAAAGGAAAAGUAGGAGUUAUUAACACAAAAUUGUCUCUCGACGACGACGUGCCUCGACGGAACAGUACAGAAUGCCUUUAAUACGAGCCAGGUUUAAUUCGUUUCAAACAUUAACAAGCCAUGCAGCGCACUAGCGAUGCUCUCGAUAUGCCAACGUUUGCCAAAAUCAACUUUGCCUUACAAAUUAACGCACAAUAACACACCGCACACUAGGAUCGCUGCGGAACUGCGGCGGCGGCGAAUGACGGCGAGUGGUGUCGAAAGCGCACAAGCCGAGCGAUAAGAGCAGAGCAACUUUGUCAUAAGUGCCAUUUACUUUUUGUCCACUUUUAAAGCGAGCAGCAGAGAGUAGAGAGUGCGGAAGCGUGCAACAAAAUAGACUAAAACAAGAUUUGGACGAGGAAAAUGUGUAAAAUCGAGCGAACAGCGCAAGAAGAGAAGAAGAAAAACAAACAAAUCAAAAGGACACACGGUUAUACUAAACAAACACUUAACUAGAAAGCCUAGCAAAUGAUUAGGACCCAGACACCCGAUGCCGAAGCCCUCCGGACACGUGUCCGGGUGUCUGACGUAACGUACUUUAGUCAUUUAGUAACGACGAACACGGGGUGGAGUAUUUUUUUAGUCGUAACAACAGAGAAAGAGAGUUUAUUUUUUAAAUUUGUUUUAGUAUUUUGAGAAACGUGUUUUUUGCUAAUGAAAAUGAUGCUUAUUUUGUUUCGUGCGACGACGGAAAGGAAAGGAGUUCUCACUCCGUUAGUUUGCUCCGCGUGUGUGUGUGGUUUCUGUCGUCUUUCGGAAUCGGCGAACCGCGGUCCUCGAUCGGGCGCGCGAAGACUACGCGUUUCGAGGAUCGCUGCCGCCCGAAAGGGGAGCGCAUGUGCAGCGAAUGUGUGGAGUGAAACUUGACGAUGAAAUAAAUAAAGAAAAUUUUAAU